GUACUGCACAGUUAUUGCAGUGGAGGAGAGCAGCCUGACUGAUGCAGAGAUAAAGAAGAGGAGUAGGAGAAGGGAAGCGCAUGCAGCAAAGCACAGUUCCAGGUGAGUGCUCGCCAUCAUGUUGAGGAAGAGCUCAGAGCUGCUGAAGGGAGACAGAGAGGUCCUCCUGGAUCUGGGCAACGGGGGCGAAGCACAAACCACAGACAGCUAUGGUAGUCUGCAGAAUGGAAGCUUUAUCCCGCCACGAUACCUUUCAGCCGCAGCUGCAAAUGAAGAUGUGGAUGGUGAUGAUCCCAUUUACAUUCACUGUAAGACAAGAACCACUCAGCCAGUUCCACAGCUGGGGAAUUACUUCAGAGAUGGAAGGACUAAAAUCGACUUUGUGCUGGUUUGGGAGGUUCGUUCGCAGAGGAAGCGGAGAGGGAAGGGGAAGAGCGAGGUGAGCGCUGAGGAGGGGGAAGCCGCUCCCUCUGCAGAGAACAGCAGAUCUGAACGAAGGAAAGCACAGCUGGCACAGUGGAGGGACAAGUUUGUUCAAAAUCUGGAGAAUGCUGGAUUACUCAUGGAAAAGGAGGAAACAGCAAAUGAAAAGAAAACAAUCCAUUUUCUUAAAAUCGGUGCUCCCUGGGAUGUGAUGGUGUGUUAUGCUGAGGAACUUUGCCUUAGAGCUCCAUUGCAGGCACAGCCAAAUCUGGACUUAAACACAUCUGCUCGAGUGCUGAGGAGACUAUGCAUACCUAACGUAAUGACAGAGUCAGUGCCAAACAGGCCGCUGGACUAUUACACAUGUGCCUUUCGGAAGUCAAAGAUGAGCAGAUUCCUCGGCUGUGAAGACCAUGAAGCAUACUUCACUAAUACACAGAGGCACCGUGUUGUUCAUGAGAUUCUUGCCAGGACAGUGUACGGCAAAAGGAAGAGGGCUGAAGUAGGUGUGGACAGGCUGGUAAAUGAAGGAGCCUACUCAGCAGCAUUCCCCCUGCAUGAGGGUCCUUUUCAGCUUCCCAAGUACGAGACCCGUCCUGACGAGCUGAACCAGAGGCAGGUUCUUUACCAUUACUGGGCCCGCUGGUGCAAAUGGUACAAGUAUCAACCACUGGAUCAUAUCAGGGAGUACUUUGGAGAGAAGAUUGCACUCUACUUUGCCUGGCUGGGUUUCUACACAGCUUGGCUGCUGCCAGCAGCAGUGGUUGGAACCUUGAUCUUUGUGUCUGGAGUCAUGUCCAUGGGUAACAACACACCAGCUAAGGAAAUAUGUAACAGGGGAGCUACUUAUCUUAUGUGUCCACUUUGUAAAACAUGCAAGGCCUGGAACAUGUCUGACAUCUGCACCAUGGCUAAGCUGGGAUACUUAUUUGACCACCCAGGCACCGUAUUCUUCAGUGUCUUCAUGUCCUUCUGGGCCGUCACCUUUCUGGAGUACUGGAAGAGAAAGAUGGCCACUCUGGCCCACCACUGGGACUGCAUGGACUUCCAUGAAGAAGAGGAGCGUCCUCGGCCAGAGUUUGCAGCCAUGGCCCCAACCAUGGAGCAAAAUCCAGUGACUGGUGUCAAAGAGCCCUACUUUCCAGAGAAGACCAGGCUCUCCCGCAUGUUUACUGGCUCCAUGGUCAUCAUAAUGAUGCUUUGUGUGGUGAUGAUCUUCCUUGUGACAGUGGUCAUGUGCCGAGGUAUCAUCAGUGUGAUGAUGUUCCAUACUGGGAGCCCUGUGCUGCGUACAGAGGCAGGGACCAUAGCCAACAUCUCCAGCAGUAUUGUAAAUCUGGGCCUCAUUCUGUUAAUGGGCCGGGUCUACACUGCAUUGGCCGAGCAGCUCACUAAAUGGGAGAUGCACAGAACACAAACCCAGUAUGACAAUGCUUUCAUCUUCAAGGUGUUCAUCUUCCAGUUUGUCAACUUCUACUCGUCUCCCUUCUAUGUGGCUUUCUUUAAAGGAAGGUUUGUGGGUUAUCCUACGAACUAUGGAACCCUGUUUGGGAUGAGAAACGAAGAUUGUGGUCCCGGCGGGUGUCUCAUUGAACUGGCUGAACAACUUUUCAUCAUAAUGGUGGGAAAGCAGCUCAUCAACAACGUUCAGGAGUUCAUUAUACCAAAGGUGAAGGCCUGGCAGCAGAAGAGAUCUUUGGCCAAGGUGCUGGGGGGUAAGGUAUCCCAUGAGCCCCGGCGCUGGGAAGAAGACUACCAGCUGGUAGAGUGUGAGGGCCUGUUUGAAGAAUAUCUGGAAAUGGUCCUCCAGUUUGGGUUCAUUACCAUCUUUGUGGCGGCGUUCCCACUCGCUCCACUCUUCGCUCUCCUCAACAAUUGGGUGGAGAUCCGUCUUGACGCCCACAAGUUUGUGUGUGAGUACCGCCGGCCUGUGGCAGAGCGCGCCCAGAACAUCGGAGUCUGGUUCAAUAUACUGGAAGCCCUGUCACACCUGUCUGUCAUCGCCAACGCUUUCCUAAUAGCCUUCACGUCAGAGUUCUUGCCUCGUCUGCUUUACCAGUACAAGUUUGAUAAUGAACUCAAUGGAUACGUCAACUUCACCCUGGCUUACGCGCCAGUUAACUUCACAGAGUACCCCAUGUGCAGGUAUAAAGCAUUCAGAGACAACAAUGGAAGCUACACGCUGUUCUACUGGGAACUCCUGGCUGUCAGACUUGGUUUUAUUAUUGCAUUUGAGCACGUGGUGUUCUUCGUACUGCGAGCCAUUGACUGGAUUGUGCCUGAUGUCCCUGAAUCCCUGGAGCUAAAGAUCAAGAGGGAGCGCUACCUGGCCAAGCAAGCUCUGGCUGAAAACCAGGAGGCACUGUUGGUGAGUCGAGGCCGAGGGGCCGCCCCUGCCUCUCCAGGCACCUCCAGCCCAGUGAGUGGUACUGGAUGAGGACAGGUGAGUACAGCACAACAAGUGACGCGUCCUUUGGAAACAUGAGUUAGGAUUCUUCUGUAGAAAAGGAGUGGCAGAAUACUGGAGGAAUAAAAGACACUUCUUUGCAUCUGGGAUAACACAAGUGAUCCUUUUUUCUCAUGCGGGACUCUGCCUUUGCACACGGAUUGUGUUUCACUGUAUUAAUUCAGAUUAAUGCUGCUGCACAGAUGUCACGAUAAGCAGGUGUGUGAUGGAAGCUCAGUUAAGCUCAUGUCAGUUUUUCUCCUUUUUCAUUUGAACAAUUCGUUUCAUCUUUUUAUCUUUGUUAGGCCUCAUCUGUCAUUUCAGGAUGUUUCUCUGUUGGCCAUGUAUUCACAAUACAUAAAUAUAUACAGUAUAUAAACAUCUCUGCAUCUGAAGCUGCAUCUACAGUAUGUCAGAAAAUUGGCGUUUUGAUUGGCUACCUCAGGGUGCAUUCAUGCUUUCUGCAUCCAAAUGUCAGCAAGGCUUGUGUGGCUCUGCUUGACAUAAACUUCUCAAGGGUUUGUGCAGACUUCUCUGCAGACGUUCAUGUGCAGCCCAACAAUUAUGAUUGUGCUGACUGUAGGUGUUGCAAACAGACCAACAAUGCAUGCUCCAGGAAAAUAAAAAUGGAUGCUUGUUUGUGAUGUAUCUUGUAGUUGCCGAUUAUAGUUCACAUCAGAAUGUUUGUCUCCAACUAGCUGCUAAACAAAGCCACAGACAGCCCUGUAUGUCCUUCUGUGUUCGAAAUGUGGGACGGUGCAAUAUAAACAUUUAAAAUUUUCGAGGCUGAUGUUUCAAAGUACUGAUGAUGCUUUUCCUUUUUGAUGUUUCUCAUCUCUUGCACAAAUGUAUCGUGUCAUGCGUCUAUGGAAAACGUCCAAGUUACAGACUGACAUGCACCAAGAACUAGAUUAAGAACUAUAGGAUUAAUUAAACGGAGUUGACACUCAA